AUGAAGUUCACUGUCGUCCUCGCCACCCUUGCCGCCGUUGCCUCUGCCGCUCCCGCCAGGGAUGCUACUGAGAGCAGCAGCGAGCUGCAGAAGCGCGCUGCUGUCUUCACGGCCAAGACCUUUGACGAUAUUUCCAUCAGCGGUGGCAACGCUGGAACCGCAAAGGAGGAUGCCCUUAAGAAGCUGGGCGGUCUGCCUACCGACCUCUCCAAGGUCGACAAGGCGGAUCUUACUUUCCUCAACAGCGUCAACAAGAUUGCCAACCAGGCCGAGCGUGGUGCUUACAACGUCAAGAUUGCCGAGACGGCUCCUGGUGAAGAGGCUCUUGCUCUUCAGCGCGCCAAGAUCCAGAACAAGGUCCUCAAGCUCACUGCCACCGUCAUGGGCCUGCAAGCCCAACAGGCGCAGGGCAAGAACGUGACGGCGAAGCUGACCGAGGAGACCAAGAAGCUCGAGAAGAACAUCGCUGAUGACCAGGCCAACGCCGGCAAGCCUGCCACUGCCCUCAAGUUCAACGCUUCCACUGAUAACCCGGCCGCCUCUGAGGUCGCCAAGGAUGAUACUUUGGCGAAGAAGGCCGGCGAUGUCGUUGACGCUUCCCUCAAGGCUACUGGCGGUGCCGGUGCUGGCGCUACUGGCAAGGGCAAGGGCAAUGGCAAGGGCAAGGGAACGAAGACUGCCAACAAGGCCGUUGUUGAGGCUGAGACUGAGGCUGAGGCUGAGGACGAGGAGUAG